ACAGCUUCCGAAAUAUCCCUUGCCGCAGCCCGUGCCGUCCGAAUGUCUUGCACGAAUGGUGCUAUUGCCGACGCAUCGUUCAUAGUCAACUCUCUGCGCCGUUCCAACCUUCCUGCGCAACCUUCUGUUAAUAAGGGCAGGGGCUUACUCAUGCCAAAACUCGACUACGAACCUAUCGACUUUGGUCAACCCGUCUCAUCAGCUCUAUCUGCUCAUUGUUUGUUGCACCACUUCGUACGCCAACGCAUGUCGUUGAAAGCAUGUAAACUUGCAGAGCAGCUCAUGCAAGAUGGAACUCAUAUUCGUGCUUCCACGCUGCACGCAGUCAUUCGGUGUCAAACGGAAAGAGUCAACGGUGGCAGAUUCUUACAGUCUCAAAGACCCUCACAGCGAGACCCGUUGUGUAUUAAACCGAAGCAGGUCGAAGACCAAGGCACGCGCCUUGCUCUUCAGCUCCUUCUCCAUGCACGACAACAUCGACAGCGCUGUCAUGAAAACACCUACCAGUUCAUCAUCAAUAUUUGUCUCGUUCAAGGCGAAAUUAUCGUAGCGUCGCUGUUAUUCGUACUGCUGGUCAAAGACUGGGAGAUGAAGCGAGCAGCUACCCAACUACGAGAACAGGGGGCAGCAUGGACUCACGCACUUCCAACUCGGCAUGGAGUCGGAUCACUACACGGCAGCCCUCCUUCACAACACAUGCUGAAGAUGAUACUCUCCAAGGCGCAGAAAGAAAUUAUGCUUGAUCCAGCAGAAGAAUCUAAUGGGCCACGACGUGAAGCAGCUCUUCAAGCGCUCUGUAAUAUCUCCGGCCUUCUUGAUGCGCGGUCACUUCCUUACACCGAUGUAUCAUCCGUAAUACGCUCCCUUUACUCAGUGCCCAAGGAUCCCGAUAAAGUAUGGGUCACAAAGUUCGGCAAGAGAACACAGGUGCAAUCUUACGAGUAUACCCAUCAUGUUAUUCUGCGACUGGCAAACGACUUCUCAAGUUCAUCCAAAGGCGCCCGCCUGGAACAAUUUGGCAUCAUGCCUGCGCUUAGUCUCGAGUCUUACAACGCCCUCCUACACUACGCAUUGCGUCAUCGACAAUCCAUCCCUCUUGCUAAAAGACUGUUACAUCACAUGGAGCACGAGCGCAAACCACCUUUAAGGCCAGACAUCACAACAUACAAUGUGAUUAUCAGGUCCGGUUCCUUGUUGAGGCGGAACGACCUUACCGAGUUCGCCCUCCAACGACUGCGUGGGCUCGCGGAGAACAAUCGACAUGCCAUUAGGAUACAGCCGCCACCAUCACUGGCAGUCGCUCAUAAUGGGCCAAAUGUAAACAGAACAGACUACAUCCAGCAUCUUACAGCCACAGGGAACCCCGACGUCAUCGCUGACAUCCUUUUCCAUGUUCUUCCCGAGUUGUCCAUCAUCGACCACCCAUCAUGGGGCUCUGUUACAGACGAACAACUGAUUAUUAUACGGAUGCAAACCCGCCAGAUGCGUCUCAUGCGUGCUGUCUCCCUCGGACCAUGGUUUUUCACCGCUGUCCUCAAUGCUCUUUGCAAGGCUGGGAAAACAGGGCUUGUGGAACGUGUGUGGUUGCUUGCAAAGCAAGCCGAGCGUGCAAGCUUGACAGGUGCUAUGGGAAUUGAUGGCAAUCCUGUGAAACCUUGGUGCUUGCCCAUUCAAGCAUAUACGAUAAUGCUACAAUGCUAUGGCGCUGAAGCACGGCGCGGUCUUGAGUUGCAUUACACCUCCCGGCCAAGCAUAAAUGACUGGGCUCCCAAGGUCGGAAGCAAAAAAGCGCGAGGUUGGGCAAGUUAUGUACUUGCUCAAAAUGCGGCUGCUCGCAAACACAGAUCUCGUCGUACCCUUGCGUUACUCAUGGGUGCAACGCUGUAUCGAAUCAUGUGCCAUGCUGGAAUGGCUAUCUGCAAUGCCUUGUCUGAGUUGCAGAAUGUAGACAAAGCUACUCUCAAUCCCCCUCGCCCAGAUGCCCGUUUCUUCAAUGCUGCCCUUCAGAUGUUCGGUCGGCAACCUAGGACUUUCCAGCGGUCAAGCCGCACAACCCCGGCGCACUGGCGACGCAAGGUUACCAUUGGAAAUGUUCAGUUCUCUAAGCUAGGCGCGAGGCCCAGAAACUGGAAUCCAUUUCUAAAUAGGAUUGUGAAGGAAAUGCAUGCUCUUGGAUUCAAGGUUCCAUCAGGCUUCAGACGCUUGUUCGUCGGGCAGUGGCCUUAUGGCUUCGAGGAACAUCGACACCGGCCCCAGCUUAAUGAACAGCCAUUCGCAUUCCCAAAGUCGCGCAGGUCUCCGUUCCGACCGCACGCGCUACGGACACUGAAGACGCGCGGUCUACCCGUUAGGCGGACGAUAUGGAGGGCGCUUGGUGGGAGGUAUCGGUGGAAGCACAGAUGGAGAAGAAAGUUGCAGAAUGGAGGAAAAGUACGAUAAAUGUGUAUAAUAUCUAUCUGCCCACAACUAGGAACUAUAAAUCUCCUUGUCAUGACGGCAUUUUUUGGAACGACAUGGUAGUGGUAGUUUUCUGAAUGUCGCGUGCUUUC